UAUGACCUUAUCUCUUGACUACACGGCUGAGUGGGUGGUCUUUGGUGUUUUGCUUUAGCUCUUCAAGUUACAUGGAUGGUGGAUUUUCUUUCUUGGUCAUAGGAUGGGCAUUUAACAUUAAUGGGCCUAAAAAGAGUUGGGCUUUUGUGGGUUUCUCUUUGAUUUUUGUGGUGGUGGUGGUGUUGUUGUCAUGGGGUUUUAUUUUAUCCCCUGUUGGUAUUCCUCCAUGAAAGGUGGUAGGUUUUUGGAGUUGACUUACAGAGAUAAUUGCAAGUUCUUCCCUACAAAGUCUUUGGGCGUCUUUGUUGGUUUCUCCUCCACACUAAACUCCUAAUCCCGUUUUAUUAUGAUUAGUGGUCUGGGUUUCUCUUUGUCAAUUUUUUUUUUUUAACAUGACUAGGCUUUUUUGUGUCACCCUGUCUCCUUUUUCAAGAUUUGAUUCUCUUAUUGUUAAAGAAUUCUUGAACUAGAAGUCUGUACUGGUUUUUUUCACUUUUUAUCAUGGAUUAUGGGGAUGGAUUUUGUUUUAUAAGCACAUGAGUGACAAAAUUGUUUCUUUGGGUCACCAUGAUUGAACUGCUUCUGUUUUAGCUACACAUGGCACAUGGGAUUUAGCUAAUCUGUAACGGGAAUUUCGUUAUCUUUUCAUUAAUGCUGUUCUGUUGUGGUGUGACCGUACAUGUGUUUUGUUGCUUUAGCUGGGAACUGGAACUUGCUAGCUAACGGCUUAGUUAUGGAUGGAUAAAGAUUGGCCUUUUUUUCUGAUCCAAGGAGAAGGUGAUAAAUGCUAAAGGCCAUCUUCCUUACCUGUGCAUUGAUACAAAGAUUUUAAUCUACCAUGGUUAGCUUACGGAGGCGUAAACUCUUGGGACUUUGUGCUGGAAGAAGUUCUUUCCUGACUCCACUUCCUCGAUUUUUUGACAACGGAACUGCUCCUGUAGGUUCCACUCAGAAUGGCAGGUCUGUCAGUGUGCAUCCUCUGCCAUCAGAUGAUGCCAACCAGCCAGAGGAGAAAACCAUUGCAAAAGUGGGAGCUGGCUCUUCAAAUGUUUCGGCUUCUAGCUCGUCAAAAGAGCAGCGAUCUCAAGCAUAUCCAGAGCAACCAGUUAAACGCAGAAAGAGACACAGGAGGAAACAUGUUCAGAACCAGGAACCAUGCCUGAUGAGAGGCGUCUAUUUUAAAAAUAUGAAAUGGCAGGCAGCAAUUAAAGUUGACAAGAAGCAGAUUCACCUAGGGACUGUUGGUUCUCAAGAAGAGGCUGCUCGUUUGUAUGACAGGGCUGCUUUCAUGUGCGGGAGGGAGCCCAAUUUUGAGCUCUCAGAGGAGGAAAAGCAAGAACUUAGGAAAUUCAAGUGGGAUGAAUUUUUGGCAAUCACUCGCAGUGCAAUUAACAAUAAAAAACACAAGAGAAGGAUCGGGGCAGGUUUGCAGAAGAGAUCAGAGACCACAUUGCAGGAUGGUGACUGGGAUGCCAAGGACGGACUCAAUGGCUUUUCAGCUUCAGAAGAUGUGGAACCAGACUCAUCAGCCUCUUGAAUAUUCUAGUUUCAGAACGAGACUGUCAAUCCCAUUCUAACAGUUUAGCUCUCCCUCAUCGGCCGCCUCUGUUUUUUUCUUAUGCGCACAAGCCCCUAUUAGGGCUUAUGAUGGUAAACUUCAUCUUCCAGUAAGCAUAUAUUUACAAAUUUAACUCAAUAAGGAGACAGAGAGUGCAGUAUUUACAUGCACUGUUGCUAAUGACACUACCAUCACUUGGAGAGCUAUUAAAUACACGGAAAGUUCCCUUUUUGGUCCGGUGAUUGUUCCUCCCAACUCAGAAGCUGGAAGCUGCAGAAUGCUUGAAACUUGGCUUCUAGAAGAAAAAUUCCCUUGUAUGAUAAUGAAAAUGAUCUCUGCAGUUAAUGUUAAUACUGUUUUUGCUA